CAAAUAUCUUUGUAAAAAAUAACAGCAGUACAUCUGUGUGAUAUAAGUGGGUGAUUCUCCCUUUUUAUUUAUGCUUUAUCUUUGUUUUCUAUAAUUAUAAAAUGUGCUAGUUUGCUAUAUAAACACAUGCAUUCAUGUAUACACACAUGGGUGUGCACGUAUUUGGUGACAGGCAGAGUUACGUUCCAGGGGUUGCCAUAGGAUCUUCUAAAGGCCCAUGUUCUGUCUGGCACAGCCUAGGUCAUCAAGAAGAAGCUAGUGGGAACUGUGAAGUCGUUGCACAAGCACUAUGUGUCCUCGGACACAAUGGUGACUAGCGAAGACGGAGAUGCCAAUACCAUGUGCAGCACCUUAGAGGCCGUAUUUAUCCAUGGCUGGCACACCAAGCACAUCCAAGCUGAGGCUGGGGGGAAGAGGGAGAAAAGCACCCCCCAGAAGCCUCUGCCUCAGCCUGUCAUCUGGUCCCUCCUGAAAGCUGUCACCCACAAACACAUCAUCUCGGAACUGGAGCACCCGAUCUUUGUCAGCACGGGUGUGGGCCCCUGCCAGGCCUGGCUGCGGCUGGCCCUGAACGACGGCCUGAUGGAGGGCUACCUGAAACUGCUCCUCCAGGAGCAGGCCGGGCUGUGGGAGUACUGUCAGCCCACAGCCCUGCUUCGGGACGCCAAGGAAGGUGAGUUCCUCCUCAGCUUCCUGCAGAGACUGACCUCUUUGGUCUUUCAAACUCUCCUACAAGUCCGUCAUCUUAAAUGA